AUGCCCAUCCAAGUGGAAGUCAUCAAUGCUCAUCGAUGUGCAUCGAUGAACGUUGAUGAUUUUCACUUGGAUGGGGAUCUGUUCGCUGUUUGUCCCUAUAACGAGAGCCUUGGAGUCGAAGGUAAAAUGGCAGUAUCCAUUCCAACAGAUUCUUUGUAUUCUGCGCUCAAUUCUGUGAAGAAACUACGCACUUUCAUGGGAGACCUAUUCAAAGUUUUAUCAAGUGGUGGCGUUGGUUGCGAAAAGGCUGAUAAGUUUUUGGAUAGCAAAUUUGUCGAAGAUGUGCAGGACUACAUAAAUAAAAUCAAUCAGGCUUUCAGAGACCUUGAACAGUCAACAAACAACCUUUCUGCGCCUGCUGGGCCGUUCAGUCUUGGAAAUUCUGCAUUGCUGAGCCAAGAAAGUGUUCCAAAUAAGCAGGCUCUUUACAAGCAACUUGUGAAAUCUUUCAAAUGGAAUGACAAGGUUCAUGAAUACAGUGCAAUGUCUUUGCCAUUACUCAGUUUCAAUCUCUUGAAAAGAUCACAUGCAAAUUCCAGCCCUAAAAGACGAAGGAUUCAACCAAACUGUCAUAAUGUCCCUCCGCAAGUUGUUGACAGUGCUAUUGCGUUUGUUGAUCGAUUGUUUCCUAAUAUGACAAUGUCAGUGACAAGACCAUACACAUCCAAUGCUGUACUGCAGAUAACAUUAGGAAGAGUGUUCCAAGGUCUAAUAUCAUUCAAAGGUCUAAUGAUUGAAUGGGUUAUGAUCAAAGGGCUGGGUGAGCAGCUGGAUCUAUGGACAGAAUCACGAUACAAAGUAUUCCAAAAAGUUACAGAGAACACUCACGCAGCAAUGCUCCAUUUUUACUCACCAACUAUUCCAGAUUAUGCUAUCAGGUCAUUCAUGACUUGGCUCCACAGUUACCAGUCUUUGUUCAGUGAUCCUUGCAAAAGCUGUCACAAUCAUCUGCACAAUAACAUGCCGCCAACAUGGAGAGAUUACCGGUCCUUAGAGCCAUACCAUGAAGAAUGCAAGCACUAA